UCUUUUGACAUUGACUUGUUAUCAAACUUCACACAAACAAUUUACCUCACUUUACCUGCAAAAUUCACCUUCUUCUUCUUCCACACUCUUCCAUUUUCAUCUUUCUUCCUUCAAUCCAAAUCCACUCCCUCUUCUCAUCUGUCUCUGUUGCUUCUCACAACAAACCCAUUUCCUUUUCCUUCCAGCUAAUUCCCCUCAACUCCAAUUCCUAAGAAAUCUCCCACAACCACUUUCUCUAACGACGUCUUAACCUUCUUCUCUUGACCAAAUUUGACUCCUUUAUAUUACUCACAUUACUUCUUUUUCACUAGCAUCAAUCAACCAGUAACUUUCUCUUCCCAUCAAAAAUGGAUCUUUCAAAAUUGAGUUUAUUAGGGUUUCUUUCCGCUGCUUUUCUCUUUACAGUUAAUGCCGUGGAACUUCACAGGAAUCAACCUACUGAGAGAAUCUCAGGCAGUGCUGGUGAUGUAUUGGAAGAUGAUCCGGUUGGAAGGUUGAAGGUUUUUGUUUAUGAACUUCCGAGUAAAUAUAAUAAGAAAAUUUUGCAGAAAGACCCGAGAUGUCUCGCGCAUAUGUUUGCUGCUGAGAUAUUUAUGCACCGGUUUCUGUUAUCGAGUGCUGUUCGGACUUUUAAUCCGGAAGAGGCGGAUUGGUUUUAUACUCCUGUUUAUACAACCUGUGACUUGACUCCAAAUGGGCUGCCUUUACCGUUUAAGUCACCACGAAUGAUGCGGAGUGCUAUUCAGCUUGUUUCUUCGAAUUGGCCUUAUUGGAAUCGGACUGAGGGGGCCGAUCAUUUCUUCGUGGUUCCUCAUGACUUCGGGGCGUGUUUUCAUUACCAAGAAGAGAAGGCAAUUGAAAGAGGGAUUCUUUCAAUGCUAAGGCGUGCUACGUUGGUUCAAACAUUUGGUCAGAGAAAUCAUGUGUGCUUGAAAGAGGGCUCAAUUACCGUUCCUCCAUAUGCUCCACCUCAGAAAAUGCAUUCCCACUUGAUUCCUGAUAAGACUCCCAGGUCCAUUUUUGUGUACUUCCGAGGAUUGUUUUAUGAUGUGGGAAAUGAUCCUGAAGGUGGAUACUAUGCAAGAGGUGCAAGAGCAGCAGUGUGGGAGAAUUUUAAGAACAAUCCACUAUUUGACAUUUCUACGGAGCAUCCAACAACAUAUUACGAGGACAUGCAACGAGCUGUGUUUUGUCUAUGUCCACUUGGAUGGGCCCCUUGGAGCCCAAGAUUGGUUGAAGCUGUGGUAUUUGGUUGCAUUCCUGUUAUUAUUGCAGAUGAUAUUGUUCUUCCGUUUGCCGAUGCAAUACCGUGGGAAGAGAUCGGGGUGUUUGUUGAUGAGCAAGAUGUUCCUAAGUUGGAUACCAUACUCACAUCGAUCCCACCAGAAGUUAUAUUAAGGAAACAAAGAUUGCUUGCUAACCCUUCCAUGAAACAAGCAAUGCUAUUCCCUCAACCCGCGCAACCUGGAGACGCUUUCCAUCAAGUUCUAAACGGACUUGCACGGAAGUUGCCGCAUGACAGGAGUGUAUUCUUGAAACCAGGGGAGAAGAGCUUGAAUUGGACUGCUGGCCCUGUCGGCGACCUUAAACCUUGGUAACAAUUGUAAUAGUUUUCUUAUGUGAUUAGGAUUCUUUACAUGUCUUGGUCAAUAUACACUAAAUGUUCAUAAAUAAGACUUGGUAACAGGGGUAUCUAUUCUUUUGUUGACGCUGUAAAUUUUGAUAUUUUGACUGAAAAUUCAUUGGAAACUAUAAUAUAAUUUGUAGCA